AUGUCCGGCACACUAGCGACGAGAACCGCCCUUCGGCACACCCGACACUUCCUCAGACGGCAGCACAGACAAGCUUCGACAACCGCUGAGACCGCCGCAAAGGCCAAAGACACCGCCUCGUCGACCGUAUCGAAAGCUUCCGAAGGUCUGACAAGAGUGACGAGCUCCGCCGGACCAGCUAUCUCAAAUGCUGCAUCAAGCGCACGGAACGCUCUCAGCAGAGUAGGAGGCCGAACGGGGAGGCUCAUCUCUUUCGUUGAAUCAUUAAUACCGCCCACGAUCUACUACGGUCGCGUUGGAUUGGAGUUGGCGAAGCUCACCUUCCAGGGCCAGAAAAUGUCUCCUCCAUCUAUCGCACAAUUCCAACAGUACUUCCAGCCCGUCGUCAACAACCUCCGAAGCCCGAAACAGCUCAUGUCAAGCAUCGGCUCCUUUGACCCAACCGCGUAUCUCACUCCGUUCGGAACAUGA